AUGCUGGUAGUGGUAAGUAGUGAAGAUGUUAAUGAGAAGUAUAGUGGUGAUAAUGAUAAUGACGAUAAUGAUAAUGUUGAUUAUGAUUAUAACGAUAAUGAUGGUGAGAAACAAAAGUCUUGUAUAGCACAAUUUUCACCUUAUUUCUUCGUUAAUGAUUAUGAUGAUGAUGACUUUGGUUGUGAUAAUGAUGUUGAUGUUGCCGAUGCUGUUGAUAAUAAUGAUAUUUAA